AUGGGAUCGUGCAUGUCGAAGAACGCCGCCGUCGUGGAAGAGGUCAACCCCGUACCGCACCCGGAAGCCAGGCGCGUCUGGCUCGUCUCCACCCCCGUGGACGCCAAGGAUGUUCCGCUCGACCUGGUCGGCAUCGAUUCCGACGGCCUCAAGGCUGCCAUGCGCAACCGUGGCCUCGAGACCGACCACUGGGCGCUCAAGAUAGACCCUCCCUCCAACCUCAAGGCCGAGCCCACCAUCUUUGACAUCACGCUCGAAGGCGGCAAGCUCGUCUCGGCCCUCCACACCACCUCGAGCCCCUACUGGAAGGGCAUCACACGCCGCGUAGCCAUCGGCUGGACCAUCUGGAAGGACGACGAGAUUAUGCACGCCUGCAAGCAGCUCAUCAACGCUCGGCCCAAGUACGACGGCCGCACCAACAACUCGCAGCAGCUCGCACGCCUGCUCGGUCGUCACAUCGACUUUGUACCCGAGCCGCCCAAGCCCGCUUCGACCGCAGCUCCGAGCGAGACCAUCGCAGCCGAAGAGCCCAGCCCGGCCGCAAGCAUCCUCAAGCCCGAGUCGCUGCAGCAGGAGACGAACACCAAUCGCUCGCAGAUGACGCUCGUCUCGGGCGCACACAGCCAGCGCAGCCACUCGAUCGAGUCGGACCCCAAGGAGGCGGCCGCCAGCCCCACCGAGAUGAACGGUGUCGCGCGCGUGCCCGCAAGCAUCCGCCAGAGCCAAAGGAUUAGCAUCGCAAGGCCUCCGCUCAUCCACCUCUCUACUGCCCCCUCGGAGCAUGGCGGCAUGGCACGUCCCAAGCUCGAGCGCUCAGCGGAAACGGACCCCACUACGCCCACCGGCUCCGUGCGCAUGUCGCUUCCUCCGCAGCCGCGGCAGCAGUCGCCGCUCAACCCAUCGCCGCGCACCCACCGCCAGACGGCGUCCGAGAUUCGCGUCGACGGGCGUGUUCGCGCGCGUUCGGAUGCGCCCGCCUAUGCCACCGUGGGUGCGGCGGAUCAGCGCGUCUCACGGCCCAGCCGACGCCGCAGCGAAGCGCCAGCCGAGUGGCUCGCCGAGCUGCCGGACCAGGCGCGCUUCCAGUCGAUGCGCUCGCGCGGUGGACAGGGCCGCAACUCGCACCGCGACUCGAUGCUCAGCACGAGCGGCAGCGUGCUCGGCUCGCCCAUGGCCACGUGGGGCCCGAGCAUGGGCAUGCCAACUUCGCCAUCGAUGGCGGGCGUGCCCAUGUCGCCGCCCAUGCCGCCCAUGGGCAUGGGCAUGUGGCCCGGCGCGACGGGAAGCAUGGGCCCAUCGGGCUCCAUGAUGUUCAACCCUGCGGCGCUGCAGGUGCCCAUGCCGUACUUUGCGCAGCCGCCCAUGGGGAUGGGUAUGGGCAUGGGGUUGCCGUACAUGCCGUCGAUGCCGAUGCUCGCGCCGCCCAGCCCCGGAUUCCAUUCGCACACGUCGAGUGCGGUGCACACGCCGCCCGAGAGCCCGCAGAUGUCGACGACGCAUCUGCCGGCCAAGCCGAUGGUGCCCGAGAUGGCUCCGGCGUUCGCGCAGGCGCACCACUUCCGAACCUAG